GGCUCUCUCUGCCUGUCUGCCAGGGUCUCCAGCUGCCCCAGACAGGCGGUGUGGUCUUGGGAUCCUCCUGGUGACCUUUCCAGCCUAGGUCCCCUCAGCCACUCUGCCCCAAGAUGGGUCGUGGGGCAGGGCGUGAGUACUCGCCUGCCGCCACCACUGCGGAGAAUGGGGGUGGCAAGAAGAAACAGAAAGAGAAGGAGCUCGAUGAGCUGAAGAAGGAGGUUGCCAUGGAUGACCACAAGCUGUCCUUGGAUGAGCUGGGCCGAAAAUACCAAGUGGAUCUGUCCAAGGGCCUCACCAACCAGCGAGCUCAGGAUAUUCUGGCUAGAGACGGACCCAACGCCCUCACUCCACCCCCUACAACUCCUGAGUGGGUCAAGUUCUGCCGUCAGCUUUUUGGGGGCUUCUCUAUCCUGCUGUGGAUUGGGGCGCUUCUCUGCUUCUUAGCCUAUGGUAUCCUGGCCGCCAUGGAGGACGAACCAUCCAAUGACAAUUUAUAUCUAGGUAUCGUGCUAGCAGCUGUAGUUAUCGUCACUGGCUGCUUCUCCUACUACCAGGAAGCCAAAAGCUCCAAGAUUAUGGACUCCUUCAAGAACAUGGUGCCUCAGCAAGCUCUGGUCAUCCGAGAGGGAGAGAAGAUGCAGAUCAAUGCAGAGGAGGUGGUCGUGGGAGACCUGGUGGAAGUGAAGGGUGGAGACCGUGUCCCCGCUGACCUCCGGAUCAUCUCCUCCCACGGUUGCAAGGUGGAUAACUCAUCCCUGACAGGGGAGUCGGAGCCCCAGACCCGGUCCCCUGAGUUCACCCAUGAGAAUCCCUUGGAGACCCGCAAUAUCUGUUUCUUCUCUACCAACUGUGUGGAAGGCACUGCCAGGGGCAUUGUGAUCGCCACAGGUGACCGGACGGUGAUGGGCCGCAUAGCCACUCUUGCCUCUGGCCUAGAGGUGGGACAGACGCCGAUAGCCAUGGAGAUCGAGCAUUUCAUCCAGCUGAUCACGGGGGUGGCCGUGUUCCUGGGGGUCUCCUUCUUUGUUCUGUCGCUCAUCCUGGGCUACAGCUGGCUGGAGGCUGUCAUCUUCCUCAUCGGCAUCAUCGUAGCCAACGUCCCCGAAGGGCUCUUGGCCACUGUUACUGUGUGCCUGACGCUGACAGCCAAGCGCAUGGCUCGCAAGAACUGCCUGGUGAAGAACCUGGAGGCGGUGGAGACGCUGGGCUCCACGUCCACCAUCUGCUCGGACAAGACAGGCACCCUCACCCAGAACCGCAUGACGGUGGCUCACAUGUGGUUUGACAACCAGAUCCAUGAGGCUGACACCACUGAAGAUCAGUCUGGGGCCACUUUUGACAAGCGGUCCCCGACGUGGACAGCCCUGUCUCGGAUCGCUGGUCUCUGCAAUCGUGCCGUCUUCAAGGCUGGGCAGGAGAACAUCUCCGUGUCUAAGCGGGACACAGCUGGUGACGCCUCUGAGUCAGCUCUGCUCAAGUGCAUCGAGUUGUCCUGUGGCUCAGUGAGGAAGAUGAGGGACAGGAAUCCCAAGGUGGCAGAAAUUCCCUUCAACUCUACCAACAAAUAUCAGCUUUCCAUCCAUGAGAGGGAAGACAGCCCCCAGAGCCAUGUGCUGGUGAUGAAAGGUGCCCCGGAGCGCAUCCUGGACCGAUGCUCUACCAUCCUGGUACAGGGCAAGGAGAUCCCUCUUGACAAGGAGAUGCAAGAUGCCUUUCAAAACGCCUACAUGGAGCUGGGAGGACUCGGGGAGCGAGUGCUGGGCUUCUGUCAGCUGAACCUGCCUUCUGGAAAGUUUCCUCGGGGCUUCAAAUUUGACACGGAUGAGCUGAACUUUCCCACAGAGAAGCUCUGCUUUGUGGGGCUCAUGUCUAUGAUUGAUCCCCCCAGAGCAGCUGUGCCAGAUGCUGUGGGCAAGUGCAGAAGUGCAGGCAUCAAGGUGAUCAUGGUGACUGGGGAUCACCCUAUCACAGCCAAGGCCAUUGCCAAAGGUGUGGGCAUCAUAUCAGAGGGUAACGAGACUGUGGAAGACAUUGCAGCCAGGCUCAACAUUCCUGUGAGUCAAGUCAAUCCCAGAGAAGCCAAGGCAUGUGUAGUGCACGGCUCAGACCUGAAGGACAUGACUUCAGAGCAGCUGGAUGAGAUCCUCAGGGACCACACGGAGAUCGUGUUUGCCCGGACCUCCCCUCAGCAGAAGCUCAUCAUUGUGGAGGGCUGUCAGAGGCAGGGAGCCAUCGUGGCAGUGACUGGUGACGGGGUGAACGACUCCCCCGCGCUGAAGAAGGCUGACAUUGGCAUUGCCAUGGGCAUCUCUGGCUCUGAUGUCUCUAAGCAGGCAGCUGACAUGAUCCUUCUCGACGACAACUUUGCCUCCAUUGUGACGGGCGUGGAGGAGGGGCGCCUGAUCUUUGACAACCUGAAGAAGUCCAUCGCGUACACCCUGACCAGCAACAUCCCUGAGAUCACCCCCUUCCUGCUGUUCAUCAUUGCCAACAUCCCCCUUCCCCUGGGCACCGUGACCAUCCUGUGCAUCGACCUGGGCACAGACAUGGUUCCUGCCAUCUCAUUAGCAUACGAAGCGGCUGAGAGCGACAUCAUGAAGAGGCAGCCACGGAACUCCCAGACGGACAAGCUGGUGAACGAGAGGCUUAUCAGCAUGGCUUACGGACAGAUCGGCAUGAUCCAGGCUCUGGGCGGCUUCUUCACCUACUUUGUAAUACUGGCAGAGAACGGCUUCCUGCCAUCGAGGCUGCUUGGGAUCCGCCUUGACUGGGAUGAUCGGACUACCAACGACCUGGAGGACAGCUAUGGACAAGAGUGGACCUAUGAGCAGCGGAAGGUGGUGGAGUUCACAUGCCACACGGCCUUCUUUGCCAGCAUCGUGGUUGUGCAGUGGGCUGACCUCAUCAUUUGCAAGACCCGGCGCAACUCGGUGUUCCAGCAGGGCAUGAAGAACAAGAUCCUGAUUUUUGGGCUGCUAGAAGAGACGGCUCUGGCUGCCUUCCUGUCUUACUGCCCGGGUAUGGGGGUGGCCCUCCGAAUGUACCCACUCAAGGUCACGUGGUGGUUCUGUGCCUUUCCCUACAGUCUCCUCAUCUUCAUCUAUGAUGAAGUCCGAAAGCUCAUCCUGCGGCGGUACCCUGGGGGCUGGGUGGAGAAGGAGACGUACUACUGAGCUCACCGACAAAAGGAAGAACAGGGGAGAUGGGGUGCUCCAGAGGGGCUGGUGGGUGUUGUGGUGAAGGGAAGGGCUGGGGAGACACAAGGAAGCGAUGGUGGCGUGAACUCAGUGGGUAGGCUUGGGUAAAUAAACUUGAGGAGACUGCUCCAACUGCUCCAUAGGUCCCGCUGUGAACCCUAAGACAGUGCAUGUUGGGGUCGCCUCCUCAGAUCCUUCCCGUCCCACUCUCCCACAUUGUCUACAUUUUCUGAAGAACCGGGGGUCGCCCUAGCCCUCCCUGUGUCCCAGUCCUUCACCCUCACCUGCAUUAUUCCAUUAUUCAAACAGAUCAACACCCAAAGGUUAAUCCUGUCUAACCCUGGAGGAAAGCCUGUCAGACCACCAGUACCCACCACUACCACCACCACCACCACCACCACCACCACCACCACCACCACCACCACCACCCCCUGUUCACUCCUCUUCCCAUUCUUGCCUUCCUCACCUUCCUGCCUGAGUCUUCCCUUGCUCCUCCCCUUACACCUUGAAAACACAAAAUUCUGCUUCUGUGAGUGCAAGAGCCUAGGGCCAGAAAAGGAAGCCAGUUGGAGAGAUGGGGCCUGUCUCCCAGCCAAGACCAGUCAGGAACCAGAGGGGAGCUGGGCUGGCAAGUGGAGGUUGGGGUGCACUGGCUGAGAAAGAAAGAAAGGAAGGAAGGAAGGAAGGAAGGAAGGAAGGAAGAAAGGAAGGAAGGAAGUGACCACAGGUGUGUCAUCUCCAGCCUUCAGGUAUAUGGGACAGGCUCUGGAUCUGUGAGAGACUUAAGAGACUAGCACACCAGCAGACCAAAUUCCCAUCUCAUCAGACUAGCAGUAAGUGCCACCCAGUGCCCCUCUGACCCUUGGGUAGUGGUCCUCUCUGUCCACAAGGCUCAGAUUUCACAGAAGGUUCAGCUAUCUCAACCACAUACUCUUGGGAACACCCCCCUUCUUUAGAAUAAUUAGUUCUCUGGGGCCUCGUGCUGUUCUGAGAGCCCCAUUAGCUGCCACUUCUCCUCGUGCUCUCUCACUGCCUUCUGCUUCCUACCCACCUGCUGAACCCACGUUAUGUCCAGUAUCGCCUUGCUUGUCCUGAAAAAGGAUCUCUUGGCCAUUGGCAGGAAUCAGUGUAGAAAUGUUUCCAGGACAUCCCUGACUUUCGGGAACAUGCAGAAUCAGUGUAGCUCAUGACACAGUCAGAAACUUUAGACACAAGAGAAAUUCUUAAGAGACCUAUGCACCUUUGACCUCUCAGAUUGAGACAGGAAGCUGGCUUCAGGUUCCUAUGGCAUAGAGUUAUCUUUCCUUACUCUCUUCUCAACCUAACGUAUUCGCUCUUCAGACAGCUGCCUGUUCUCUAAUCCUGGCCUAGAAAGCAUAGCAUAGAUGCACCUGGAUGAAUGAGGGAAGCAAGAGAGAAUCAGCAAGGAAACUGGAAGGCUUGAGGUGGGAAUAUGAAAGUCAAGACAAGCAUCAAGCCAGGCCCAAGGGCCUCCCAAAGGCUACUGUCUCAUCGUGGUGGAUGGAGUUUUGCCUUACCCUAAAUACCUUGAAAUUUGUCAGUCAUGCAUAGCCUUCAGUCGGAAGUCUAAAUGGGACACCGUAUUUAUUUGGGCCUGACUAAUUUGAGAUCACUGACUUUGAACAAAAGUUUACCUUUGCACAAUCAAUAAAAUCAUCUGCUAGGUAAUUCAAGAGCAUAAACGAUACUGCUAGGAGCAGCAUAGUUAGUUUCAAAGUAUGCUUUCCGAGCACUUUAGCAAUCUCCCUUUAGAAUCAGGAAGUGCAUAGGCUAAUUACUAUCAGUCCCGAUAUAUUUGUUAAAGGAACACCUACAAGAUCCUUACUGGUGACCUUCUGUGAGACACUAGUUUGAGGCACUACAUGUGUACUUGAAAAUAAUAAAGUUGCAUUUCUUUAUGAAUAAUUAAGA